AGCAGAUAGCUGUCCAAGAGCUGUCUUUCCUUUCCCUAAUGAUUCUCUCUCUUUCUUUCGGGCAAUGUCUUUGAUGUCUUCCAGUUUUACUUAGUACUUCAUCUUCUUCUUCAUUUCAGUGUUUUUGGGUUUGUUUUUUUCCUACUGUUUUGGACAAUAAUUGAAGCAAGAGAUAACCUUGGGGGCGGCGGCGGAGGGAGAGGAACAUCUCUGAAAUUACUUUCACUUUUGCUGGUGGGUGUAAAAUGAGUGCAUCAAGGUUCAUCAAAUGUGUCACUGUUGGUGAUGGUGCCGUCGGCAAGACUUGCAUGCUCAUCUCCUACACCAGCAAUACUUUCCCUACUGAUUAUGUGCCAACUGUCUUUGACAACUUUAGCGCAAAUGUGGUUGUGGACGGCAACACUGUUAAUCUUGGAUUGUGGGAUACUGCUGGCCAGGAAGACUACAAUAGAUUAAGACCUUUGAGCUAUCGUGGAGCAGAUGUCUUCUUGUUGGCAUUCUCUCUCAUUAGCAAAGCCAGCUACGAAAAUGUUUCUAAGAAAUGGAUUCCGGAGUUGAGGCAUUAUGCACCUGGUGUUCCAAUUAUUCUUGUUGGGACUAAGCUUGAUCUUCGGGAUGAUAAGCAGUUCUUCGUAGAUCACCCUGGAGCAGUGCCCAUUACCACAGCCCAGGGGGAGGAAUUAAGGAAGCUGAUUGGAGCCCCUGUUUACAUUGAAUGUAGUUCAAAGACACAGCAGAACGUGAAAGCGGUCUUUGAUGCGGCCAUCAAAGUGGUUCUCCAGCCACCAAAGCAGAAGAAGAAAAAGAAGAGAAAGUCACAAAAAGCCUGCUCGAUAUUGUGAUCACGUGAUGAACAGUUAUGGAUGCCGGGGUGGAUAUCAUGGCCCAUUUAGCCACAUAAAUCUGUUAGUCUCUCACCAUGUCUAUCAUCUCUUUCUCACCUUGAGAAAAUAGCUCCUUUUGGUUUGUAGUCUGAACUAUAACAGAACUAGGAUCAUUCCUAUAAUCAUCUAAAUUUGUGCUUUUUCUUUUCUCUUCUUUUCUUUUUUUCUCUCAUGGAUUGUCUUUUGAAUUUGUAUAUUGAUGGCCCUUUAUGUGUUCUCACACUUUCCUUCAGUUACUUUGGGUUUAGAUAUGUUUGAUCUGUUAACUGAAACAUGGAGAAAUUGUUUCCUAUUGUUUCUUGUGAUGUAAUCUGAUCUAGUAUGUUUUAAUGAACUAAUAUUAUAUUUGUGGUUUUGGAGUUCA